AUGUCUGGAAUGUGGGCGAUUGUCAGCGGUGCAACACAUCACAUCUGCUAUGACAAGUCCACGUUCGAAUUUCUGGACGAGCGCAAUGAAGGUGAAGUGUUGGUUGCAGAUGGGAACAAGGCUGCGAUCAACGGUGUCGGGACAAUCAUCGAAAAGGUGACCCUGUCCAACGGUGAAGAGCGCGAAGUCGAGAUCAAGAACGCGCUUUACGUCCCAAGCAUGAACAAAAACUUGCUUUCGAUACCACAAAUCAACAGAAGCGGCAAGUUUUAA